AUGGCUAUAGUGGAGGGGCUUCUCAUGCAGGCUACCAGCACUGGUGUAUUACUUGGUGCUGUUGUGCUUCUUGUAGUUGUGUAUCUUCUUUUUGCUGGUAGCUUUAAGGAAGAGCCAAAUGAGCCUCCAGGACCCAAACCCCUGCCUCUCCUGGGGAACCUGCUUGAGCUGGACUUAAACAGACCCCAUGAGUCCCUCUGUAAGCUUGCCAAGACUUACGGAUCUGUCUUCAGAGUGUAUCUUGGUACCAAGAAAGUUGUCGUGUUGGCAGGGUACAAAACAGUCAAACAAGCUCUUGUGAACUUUGCUGAGGAGUUUGGGAACAGAGAAAUUAAUCAAGUUUUUAAGUUUGCUGAGAACCAUGGUAUCCUGUUUUCCAAUGGUGAGAACUGGAAGGAGAUGCGACGCUUUGCCCUAUCCAACCUCCGUGACUUUGGAAUGGGCAAAAGAGACAGUGAGGAAAAAAUCAUUGAGGAAAUCCAAUACCUUAAAGAAGUAUUUGAGAGCUUUGAAGGUAAACCAUUUGACACAACUCGACCAAUGAACUAUGCAGUGUCCAACAUCAUCUCAUCCAUUGUGUAUGGAAGCAGAUUUGAAUACAGUGAUCCUCAGUUUAAAGAAAUGGUAAACAGAGCGAAUGAGAACGUCAGACUUGGUGGAUCUGCUUCUAUGAGGAUCUUUAAUCUAAUGCCCUGGAUUGGGCCAUUUUUGAAGAGCAGAAGAACACUCCUGGAAAAUGGACAGAAAAACAUAAAUCAGGUUCGUGAACUGAUUCGAGGACUUCAAGAGACACUCAAUCCAGGUGAAAGCAGAGGAUUUGUCGACUCCUUUCUCCUCCGCAAACAGAGUGAUGAGCAAUCAGGAAUGAAAAGCUCUCGCUUCAAUGACAGAAAUCUUGUCAUCACUGUGAUGAAUCUCUUUGUUGCGGGUACUGACACCACUAGUACAACACUGCGCUGGGGGAUGCUGCUUAUGGCCAAGUACCCACAUAUACAGGAUCUGGUCCAGAACGAGAUUGACCGAGUGAUUGGGAGUCGACAGCCAGUAGUGGAAGACAGGAAGAACUUGCCUUACACGGAUGCGGUGGUCCAUGAAAUUCAGAGACUGUCUAAUAUUGUACCCAUUACUCCCCAUAUUACUAGUUGUGAUGUGCACCUCAAUGGCUUCUUUAUCAAGAAGGGCACGCCUGUGUACCCUCUGCUGACGUCUGUACUGAAGGAUGACAACGAGUGGGAGAGUCCGCACACCUUCAACCCACAACACUUCCUUGAUAAACAGGGUCGGUUUGUGAAAAAGGACGCCUUCAUGCCCUUUUCUGCAGGACGCAGGGUGUGUCUGGGAGAGAGUCUGGCCAAGAUGGAAAUUUUCCUUUUCUUUGCCUCAUUAAUGCAGCACUUCCGUUUCACCCCUCCACCUGGGGUGUCUGAAGAUCAGCUGGACCUCACGGGUGUGGUUGGGAUCACACUGAACCCUUCCCCCCACACGCUUUGUGCCGUGAAACGAACCUAAUCUGUGUCAAUGUUUUCACAGGAUGAUGAAU